AUGGUUAGGGCUGAUGCAUCCGUCAGCAUCAAGGUGCUCCUAAAUGCCACCGUUGCACACUUUGGUUUUAGGCCGACGUAUAGGAGGGUCUGGUUGGCCAAGCAGAAGGUUGUUGCCCUCAUCUAUGGUGACUGGGAUGAGUUGUACAACGAGCUUCCAAGGUGGGUGUUAGGAGUCCAGUUGACGAUGCCUGGUACUGUUGCAGUCCUUAGGACGAGUCCUGUUCGUGUUGGUGGACAGCUGGACGAGUCUCAAGCUUAUUUUCACAGACUAUUCUGGACGUUUCCACCAUGUAUCGAGACAUUCUGUCAUUGCAAGCCCCUAAUUAGUAUUGACAGCACCCAUCUCUAUGGCAAGUAUGGGGGAACGUUGCUUGUCGCUAUUGCACAGGACGGGAACUCCAACAUACUCCCUAUGGCAUUCGCAUUAGUCGAGGGUGAGAAUGCUGAGUCGUGGACCUUCUUUCUCUCCCACCUGCGUAAGCAUGUGACACCGCAAUCGGGUCUGCUGGUUAUAUCGGACAGGCAUAACGGCAUUAAGGCCGCGCUUGAGGCUCCUGACGGAGGAUGGUUACCUCCGUCUGCAUACCGGGCAUUCUGCAUUCGACAUGUAGCGGCAAAUUUUGCCCUAACCUUCAAGGGAAAUGACGCAAAGAGGCUACUUGUGAAUGCAGCGUACGCUAAGACCGAGGUCGAGUUUCAUUACUGGUUUGAUAUUCUGAGGUCUGAAGACCCGACGAUGUGUGAAUGGGUGAACCGGAUUGCGUAUUCAUUGUGGACAUAG